GUCGCCAUGGGAACCAGAUUCUUCAGGGCUGGGAACACAUGCGCCUUCUUUGGCCUUUUCGCUCCCCCUAGCACCGGGGGGGGGGGGGGGGACAGCUACCUCCGGGAGUCGUGACUUGGUAGUCCCUGAGCUCCGUGCCUCCGCCCCCCUCCACGGUCCCUGUACCGCUACCGCGGAACCAGCCUCUUGCGCUGGGGCAGCCCCUUCCUCUCCCGUGAGGGGGCAGGCAGGGCUCCUGGGUCUCGCGGGAGCGAGCUGACAUCCUCAGUUUCCCUAUUCCUCCUAGGAGUGCUUCCCCUUUUCCGGGCAGGCUUCCCGGCCAGCUCGCCGGGCCGGCCCCACCGGCUGGGGAGGUGGUGGAGAGCAGACGCCUCCCCCGUUUUGAGCAGGGGGAAACGGAGGUCCCGGGGUCGAUCUAAGCGGGGUGGGGGCUGCCCCGGGGCUCUCCUCCACCUCUCCGUGAGUCACCGCCCCCCUGUGGACUCUUACUCCCACUCCCUCUCCCUGGGAGCCGGGAGGGAGAGCAGGCGGAGGAGCUGGUCUGAGCACGCCCUGUCCCCCCCCCCCCCAGGCCCCUCCUCCUAGCUUCAAGAUGCAGCCCACGCCCACCAUGGCCACCGCCGCCGCAAGCACCGCCGCCACGGCUGCCCUGACCUCGAGGUGGGACAACACCACCAGCAGCCCCACCGCGGAGCCUGACCCCAUCCUCAACAACUACGUGCUGCUGGUGGUGGUCCUGUCGCUCUUUGUCGGUGGCACUCUCGUGGUGCUGUCCGGAGUCCUGCUCCUGUGCAGGCGCUGCUGGGAGGUCCACCGGCGCUUCAACAGAGCCAUGGAGGAAGCAGAGAAGACCACCACCACGUACCUGGACAGCAGCGCUCAUCCAGCCCAAGACCCUGACUUCAGGGGGGAGGACCCCGAGGGCCAGGACGCGGAGACGGAGCGCUUCCUGUCCACCAGCUCCACGGGCCGCCGGGUGUCCUUCAACGAAGCAGCCCUGUUUGAGCAGAGUCGGAAGUCACAGGACAAGGGGCGCCGGUACACCCUGACGGAGGGGGACUUCCACCACCUGAAGAAUGCCCGCCUCACCCACCUGCACCUGCCACCCCUCAAGAUCAUCACCAUCCACGAGUGCGACUCGGGUGAAGCCAGCGCCACCACCCCCCCCCACGCCGCUGCCACCCCCAAGGCCAGUCUCGCCAUAUUCCAGCCCCCGGGGAAGGCCCUCACCGGCCGCUCUGUGGGCCCCAGCUCCGCCCUGCCAGGUGACCCCUACAACUCGGCCGCGGGCCCUGCCGACUUCGAGAUCAGCCCCUUGGCGUCCAGUGACUCCGGGGAAGGCGCCUGGGCGGAUGCAGGCGCCCGGAGCACCAAGCCCGUCGGGUCGGGGGCCACAGGGGGACCCGAGGAGGCAGGUCCAGGCUCCGGGGCAGGACCUGUCCUGCAUUUCUUCACCCGCCUGCGGCGCCACACCAGCCUGGACGGGGCCAGCCCGUACUUCAAGGUCAAGAAAUGGAAGCUGGACCCCAGCCAGCGGGCAUCUAGUCUGGACACAAGAGGCUCCCCCAAGAGGCACCACCUCCAGCGGCAGCGGGCAGCCAGCGAGAGCACCGAGCAGGAGGAGGGGGACGCCCCCCACAUGGACUUCAUCCAGUACAUCGCCAGCGCAGGCGACACGGUGGCCUUCCCGCCCCCCCGUCCCUUUCUGGCCAGCCCCGCCAGCCCAUCCCCCGCUCUCGGCAGGCUAGAGGCAGCGGAGGAGGCGGGCGCCGCGGGAGGAGCGAGCCCCGAGUCUCCCCCCGAGCGCAGUGGUGGUGCGGGGCCUGAGCAGCAGCAGGAAUCUGAUGGUGAGCGGGACUCGGGGCCAGAGCAGGCCCAGACCACCUACCGGGAUAUCUGGAGCCUGCGAGCCUCUCUUGAGCUGCACGCGGCUGCCGCCUCGGACCACAGCAGCAGUGGCAACGACCGCGACUCGGUGCGCAGCGGCGACAGCUCGGGCUCGGGCUCCGGGACCACCGUGCCCACUUUCCCACCGCCCUCGCCGCCCCCCACCCCCCGGCCGGCAGACAGCGAGGCGGGAGGUCCGCGAAAGCUGUUGCAGAUGGACAGCGGCUACGCCAGCAUUGAGGGCCGCGGCGCCGGCGAGGACGGGCUCCUCAGCGCGUCCGAGAAGCGCUCUUCCUUCACCAGCGCCGGCCGCACGGCCACUGUGGGCACCAGCUUCGAGGGGGCGCCGGCGCCCACCGAGGCGCCCGUCCGGCCCCGCAGCCCGCGCGCCUGGCCCCGCCGCGCCCCGCGCCGCGACUACAGCAUUGACGAGAAGACGGAUGCACUCUUCCACGAGUUCCUGCGCCACGACCCGCACUUCGACGACACGCUGCCCUGCGCCACGCGCCAUCGCGCGCGCGCGCACCCCCACACGCGCAAGCAGUGGCAGCAGCGCGGCCGGCAGCACAGCGACCCCGGCGCGCGCGCCACGACCCCUGCCCCGCCCGCGGCCCCUUUCGGGGCCGACUCCCGCCCCACGCGCGCGCCCCUGCGCCGAGGCGACAGCGUCGACUGCCCCCCAGAGGGCCGCGCGGGCGACGAACCGGCCGCGCCCGCCAUCCCGGUCAUCGAAGAGGAGCCCGGCGGUGGCAGCAGCACCUGCCCCGGCUCGGGCCUGUGCGUCGGGCCCCCGGGGACGCUGCUGGACAAGCUGGCGGCUGGCCUCGAUGACAGACUCUUCCCGCCGCGCCUCGCCCAGCCCAUCGCCACCGCUCCCACACUGGCCGCCGCCGCGCCCACGUCUCCCGACCACAGCCCUGCCUAAGCCCUGCCUCCUGCACCCACCUCGUCAGCUUCUCCGGCGCCGCCCGGGACCCCUGCCACGGGACCCGCCUGGGGCGCGACGCUCCGGGGCGCGAGCGCUGGGGCCGCGGGGCCUCGCGCGCGCACGCGCGCAGGUCUUCUGGCCGCCCCCACGUGCGCGUGCUCGCGUCCUCGUGACA